AUGGAUAGAAAUCGAUCAAAGGCACUUAUUAUAAUAAUUGUGGUUUAUGAUGUAACCGACCAAGAGAGCUUCAACAAUGUCAAGCAAUGGUUGAGUGAAAUAGACCGAUAUGCAAGUGAUAAUGUGAACAAACUUCUUGUUGGAAAUAAGUGUGAUCUCACAGCACAGAAGGUAGUUUCCACAGAGACAGCUCAGGCUUUUGCUGAUGAAAUUGGCAUACCUUUCAUGGAAGCAAGUGCAAAAAGUGCCACUAAUGUAGAACAGGCUUUCAUGGCUAUGGCUGCUUCAAUCAAGAACAGAAUGGCAAGUCAACCGGCAAGAGCGGUUGCUGUUCAUCUUGAAAGGACGAAGCUCUGUUGCCUUGAUGAUGAUUCUGAUGUGGAGUUGUGGUGAAGCUGGCACGCAACA